AUGUUCUCGACAUGGCGCUGGCUACUUAUAUCUGCGACAUUCCUGCUAGCCCAUGCUUCGCCUGAGUUCGAGCUGAAGGAUCAGGAAUUCAUGCAGUUCGAUCGAACGGCUCCCGAUUACGAAACGAUACUAACUCCUCGCGAUUUUGAACUUGGAGAACAACUGGGUAAUCUACCUCAUCUGAACAAGUAUGACAUCGAUCCAGAUGCCAUGUACAAGAAGGAUCUGUUCGAGGGAGACAUCGCAAACGAAAACGCAAGUUUAUAUUUUUGUAAAUAA